CCAAGGGCGACGCAGGACGAGGCGAGCGCAGGGGCUGGCCCUCGAGAGAUUCCACUCCGCUAUUAUUGCUGCUGUCUGCCCAAAUGAGUCCAUAGAAGACAAAACAAGAAGAUAAGGGAGAAGAAUUGCGACGACGAAGAAAGAAAGCAGAGAAGCUUGGCUUCUCCUCUCCCUCAUUUGAGGAGCUCUUCGACGUCGGCGUUCUUGUUCUUCCUGUUCUUCUUCUUUCUCGAUCAAGAGCGAGCUUUUUGGAGGGGGGGAAUGCUUGGGGAGAGAGGGAGGGGCGGGGAUACGGCGGUGGCGGCGGGCGGGCGGUGGUCCGACGAGAUGAGUGGCCAUGGAUGCAGGCAGAUGGAGGCCGAGUUCGUGAGGCGGCACCACCGCCACCAGCCGACAGAGAACCAGUGCAGCUCCACACUCGUCAAGCACAUCAAGGCCCCCGUCCAUCUCGUGUGGUCGCUGGUGAGGAGAUUCGAUCAGCCGCAGAAAUACAAGCCCUUUGUGAGCAGAUGUGUGGUGCAGGGUGAUCUGGAGAUCGGGAGUGUUCGAGAAGUCAAUGUCAAGUCAGGGCUCCCGGCCACCACCAGCACAGAGCGUUUGGAACUCCUUGAUGACAACGAACACAUCCUUGGCAUCAAGAUUGUUGGAGGAGAUCAUAGACUCAGGAAUUACUCUUCUGUUACAACAGUCCACCCUGAGGUAAUUGACGGGAGACCAGGGACUCUGGUAAUCGAGUCAUUCGUGGUCGACGUGCCCGAUGGGAACACCAAGGAUGAGACAUGCUACUUUGUGGAGGCCUUGAUCAAAUGCAACCUCAAAUCUUUGGCGAAUGUGUCCGAGCGGCUGGCAGAACGUCACGCAAGCAAUUGACAAAUUAUGAGUUGGCUAGAGGUAGGUGGAGGAAAUGUUCAUAGCUGGGGACAUGGAUGCUUUUAGCUGAUCCAGUAGUGCUUCUUUAACCUUUCAAAAUUGGAUGGUGGUGGGACUUCUUAGUGUUUUACUGGCUGAAGAACCUCUACUUUCUGGACCUGUUAAUCUCCAUUAUCUGCCUUAACUGAAGGUUUGCAGUAGUUGGCCUCUCUCUAUCCCUGGCUCUCCUGUAUCAGGCUGUGCUGCUGCGUGCAAUGUAAUGUAGCUGAAUUGGUCACCAUGUGUUUUUGGUGAAGGCCGUCUGCACCAUGUCACAGCAGCUUAAAUAUGCUUCUGGAGAAAGGGGGAAAAGGACGGUUUUCUUGGGUGUUAUUGUGCAUUGUGGAGGCAUGUAGAUGUAUGAAUUAGUCUAUAUUCUAUUCUAUUGUAUAAACAGAAGAAAACUUGAGGGCACGCUCUUGUUUUGUUGGAGCUUUCUUUUCAAUAGCCAUGAUUCUUUGGUUUUAA